AUGGCGCUGCCGGCGUUAACGCCUGGCUGCCGGGCAUUGCGCCGGCUAUUUGGCGCCAAUGGAUACCGGCUACUGCGUUCAGGCGAGCCGGAGUUGGCUGGGGGGGCGCUUACUCGGCUGGCUUCACAGGGCAGGGCCUUCCACUCUGUUAUUUGCGGUGCUCCGCCUAUUUUAAAUACUACUUUGCGUAUUUGUGUUUCAGGUAUACGCGGCUCACGGCACUUUUCCAAGAAGGUACCUUCCGGCUUCGGUCGUUUUGCAGGACGCGGCGGGAGUUCCGACUCCAAGGCUUCGGGAGGCGAAGCCGACAGCAGUACGUCGAGUGAUCCCCCCAAAUCGGAAGGCAAGAUGGGCAACUCUUCCGGCAAACCCAAGGGCCCUGGUGACUCUAAAAACGAUGGCGAGAACCCUUUCGUCUUCCUGUGUGCAAAGCCGUUCAGGCUUCUGUUUUACGUGCUGGGAGCGUUAGCGUCAUACAAAGUCCUAUCCUACAACGAGCUCCCUAACGAAGUAACAAUGCAGGAAUUCUUGUCAAAGUACUUGAUGCGCGGUUGCGUUGAGACAAUACUGAUUGUCAACGGCAAGUCGUGUCGUUGUAUACUGCGCAGCGACUCCAAGACGGUGCCGAAGGUCGUGAGUUUUCGGAUCCGAUCGGUUGAAGCGGUGGAGAGGAAGUUGGACGACAUUCAGGGUUUGCUAGGCAUUCACCCCGAGAACUUCGUUCCCGUCAAGCACGUUGAGGAGGUUGAGUGGUUACAGGUGCUGAAGUAUGCGGUUAUCGUCGGCAUUCCCGUCGCCUAUAUGGCGGCAAUUAUGUGGAGGUUCUUGCACAACAGUCAGUACCUUGACCGUGUACACCGCAUGCGUAACCUUAACCUGACCGACGCCAAGGAGCUCAAGGUUGGCGUGCGCUUCAAAGAUGUGGCUGGAAUGCACUCGGCCAAGCUCGAGAUUAGCGAGUUCGUGGAUUAUCUGAAGAACCCGAAGGCCUACGAGCAAUACGGCGCUAAGAUCCCCAAGGGGGCGUUGCUGUGCGGUGCUCCCGGUACCGGUAAGACCCUGCUGGCGAAGGCGGUCGCCGGCGAGGCGAACGUGCCGUUCUAUUUCAUUUCCGGCAGUGAUUUCGUCGAAAUAUAUGUGGGUGUUGGCCCUUCUAGGGUGCGUAGUUUGUUCAAGAAGGCCCGGGAGAACGCGCCCAGCAUCGUGUUCAUCGACGAGAUUGACGCCGUGGGUAAAAAGCGAGCGGGAAAGGGCGGCUUCGUCAGCCACGACGAACGCGACAGCACGCUGAACCAGAUUCUGGUGGAGAUGGACGGUUUCAACGCGAGCAGCGGCGUGCUCGUGCUGGCCGGGACCAACCGUCACGACAUCCUGGACCCUGCGCUCGUGCGCCCCGGGCGCUUCGAUCGCAUAAUCACGAUAAACAGCCCCGACCUGGAGGAGCGUUACGAGAUUUUCAAGGUGCACUUGGCCCCGCUGAAGUUGAACAAGCUGCUGGAUGUGGACGACCUGGGCCGUCGCUUGGCUGCGCUAACACCAGGCUUCGUGGGUGCGCAGAUCGCCAAUGUUGCAAACGAGGCUGCCAUCCAGGCUGCGCGGCGCAAGUCUCCGGACGGCGUUGACCUGAUGGACUUCGAAGCGUCCAUUGAGCGCAUCGUCGCGGGUCUGCGCCGCAGCAACCAGCUUAUGUCUCCCGAACAGAAGUUGGUGGUGGCGUACCACGAGGUCGGGCACGCGCUGGUUGGGUGGUGGCUGGAGCACGCCGACCCCGUGCUCAAGGUGUCCAUAGUCCCUCGCAGCAGCGGUGCUUUGGGCUACUCGCAGCAGAUCGCUGAUGAGACGCCGCUGUUCAGCCGCGAGGCGUUGCUGGACAAGAUCGCCGUGAUUUUGGGCGGCCGUGCGUCGGAGGAAAUCUUCAUUGGUCGCAUCACCACAGGAGCGGCGGACGACCUGCACAAGGUGACCCGCAUGUGCUACGCCUUCGUCUCUAAGUGGGGCAUGAACCCGGCUUUGGGCCUCGUGUCGUACCAGCGAGACGGUGACGACAGUGCCGGGUUCUACCGCGAGUACUCGGACAGCACUGCGCUCCUGAUCGACAACGAGGUGCGCAGCAUCAUCGAGGGUCAGUACGCCCGCGUCAAAGAGCUUCUGAAGGAGAAGGCUGAGCUGGUGCACAAGCUGGCCAAGCUGCUCUACGACCGCGAGACUUUGAGCCACAAAGACAUUGCGUCGUGCGUGGGCGAGCGUGCGUUCCCUAUGCAUGAAAGGCUGCGUCCGUACGUCCUCGGCGGCAUAUCUGGCGCACCGGUUCUCCCUAGUCUGUCUGGCGCGGAGCCAGAAAAGCCGCAGGGCGAAGUCGGCCGCGACCUUUUUUCGGUGGCGUGUCUCUGA